AUGUCGUCCUCGGGAGGCGCCGGGGGGAAGCGCUCCGUGGCGGAUGUGCUCAUGGGGAACGCGCGGGACGCCGCCAGGAAGGCCAAGAAGGGGGCCCCGGCCGCCUCCGGGGUCCCGUCUCCCAAGAAGCCCAGGACGAAGACGGCCGCCGAGGCCGACGGCGCGACGGCCGAGCCGGCGGUGGACGAGAAACCGCCUUCGCCGGCCAAGUCGCCCGUUAAGUCGAAGCGCCCAUCGUCGCCACCCAAGUCCAAGUCGAAGGCCGACGACGCUCCUGAGGCCAAGAAGAGGUCCCCGUCGCCCACGACGUCCAAAACGCUAGCCGCGGCCGCGAAAUUGGAGGCCGCGGAGAAGCCCCUCUCGCCGAAGAGGGCCAAAACCCUAGCGGCCAAAUCUGACGCCAAGCCCUCUGACCAAGCCCUUGUCUCUCAAUCUAAAGACCAGGCGUCUCAACCCGAGGAUAAGAAGACCAAAAUCUCAAAUGCCACCAAGUCAGAGGAGGUGAAUACCACUCUCGAGCUCAAGAAGAAAGGCAGUGAGUUUGAUCCCAUGGCUGCUGCCUACUGGAAGCCCGGCGAGCCUGUGCCAUUCCUCUUCUUGGCUCGGGCACUCGACCUCAUCUCCUACGAGUCUGGCCGGAUUGUCAUUACAGAGAUCCUGUCAAACGUGUUCCGUACGAUUAUUGCCACAACUCCAGAGGAUCUCCUUGCGACAGUAUACCUCUCCGCUAACCGGAUUGCGCCACCUCACGAAGGGAUUGAGCUUGGUAUUGGGGAUGCAUCAAUCAUCCGUGCACUUUCCGAGGCAUACGGCCGCAAAGAGGAGCAUGUCAAAAAGAACCUCAAGGAAUUGGGUGAUUUGGGGCUUGUGGCGAAAGCAAGCAGGUCGUCACAGAAGAUGAUGUACAAGCCAAAACCACUGACGAUAUCACGUGUGCUUGAUACCUUUCGGACAAUCGCAAAGGAAUCUGGCAAAGACAGUCAAGAUAAGAAAAGAAGUCAUAUCAAAGGACUUCUUGUUGCUGCAACAGACUGUGAACCUCAAUACAUUAUACGACUUCUUCAGUCGAAGAUGCGUAUUGGGUUGGCAGAGAAAACUGUCCAAAUGGCUCUUGGGCAAGCUGCUGUAUAUUCUGAAAAAGGGUCCCCGCCAAAAAAAGUCCAAUCACCUUUUGAAGAGGCUGCAAAAAUAAUUAAAGAAGCAUAUUCGGUUCUUCCAGUCUAUGAUAAAAUUGUCCCGACUCUUCUUGAUGCUGGUGUUUGGAAACUUCCAGAAACAUGCAAUUUCUCCAUAGGUGUCCCUGUUGGUCCUAUGUUGGCAAAAGCAACAAAAUCUGUAUCAGAGAUUAUUGACAAGUUUCAAGGUCGUGAGUACACUUGUGAGUACAAGUAUGAUGGUGAACGGGCCCAGAUUCAUUGCAUGGAGGAUGGAACAGUAGAAAUUUAUAGUCGGAGCGCUGAAAGGAAUACUGGGAAGUACCCUGAUGUUGUUGAUGCAAUUUCUAGAAUCCGAAAGCCUACAGUUAAGUCAUUUGUCCUAGAUUGUGAAAUUGUUGCUUAUGACCGCGAAAAGAAGAGAAUUUUACCCUUUCAGAUACUCAGCACAAGGGCCCGCAAGGGUGUUACUAUAAAUGACAUCAAAGUAUCAGUCUGUACUUUUGGCUUUGAUAUUCUUUACAUCAAUGGGAAACCUCUUCUCCAGGAACAACUUAAAGUUCGACGAGAGCAUCUUUACAACUCUUUCGAGGAAGUGCCAGGUGUUUUUCAACUGGCAACUGCAAUUACAUCAAAUGACCUCGAGGAGAUACAGAAAUUUCUUGACUUAUCUGUCAACUCCAGUUGUGAAGGGUUGAUUAUCAAGACAUUGGAUACGGAUGCUACAUAUGAGCCAGCGAAGCGGUCAAACAAUUGGUUGAAAUUGAAGAAAGAUUACAUGGACAGUGUUGGAGACUCUUUAGACUUAGUGCCAAUUGCUGCUUUUCAUGGAAGAGGAAAACGAACUGGUGUAUAUGGAUCGUUCCUCUUGGCAUGCUAUGAUGAGCAUAAUGAAGAAUACCAAACAAUCUGCAAUAUAGGUACUGGAUUUUCUGAGCAACAACUUGAAGAACGUUCUACGAGCCUUCGAAGUAAAGUAAUAAAGAACCCAAAGGCAUAUUAUAGGUUCGCUGACACAACUGACCCAGAUGUGUGGUUUGAGCCGUCAGAGGUGUGGGAGGUCAAAGCUGCUGAUUUGAGCAUAAGUCCAGUUCAUCGUGCUGCUAAUGGGAUAGUUGAUCCAAAUAAGGCAUCUCUCUAA